AUGUCUGUGUCUCAAAAAGCCUGUUACGUGUGUGGAAAGAUUGGCCAUCUAGCCGAGGACUGUGAUUCUGAGAGGUUGUGCUACAACUGUAAUCAGCCAGGCCACGUUCAAUCUGAAUGUACUUUGCCAAAGACUGUAGAGUUCAAGCAAUGUUACAACUGUGGUGAAACUGGUCAUGUUAAGUCUGAGUGCAGCGUACAACGUUGUUACAACUGCAAUCAGACUGGCCAUAUUUCCAGAGAUUGCAGUGAUCCAAGAAAGCCAAGAGCUGGCGGUGCUCCUUCUAGAGCCUCAAGAGUGUCAUGCUAUAGAUGUGGUGGUCCUAACCACAUGGCAAAGGAUUGCUUGCAAUCUGAGGCCAAGUGUUAUGCUUGUGGCAAGACUGGUCACAUAUCAAGAGAGUGCCCAAGUGGAUCUGUUGAAAAGACCUGUUACAACUGUAACGAAACUGGUCAUAUCUCCAGAGAUUGUCCCGUAAACUGA